UAACGUUGUAGACAACACUCACAUAUCAUACAAACUCUGGAAAAUACAACUUUUGUUCACUAUUUGUUUUGUGCACUACUUUUGUAGCAAAGUUUUUGUGAGAGAUGUCUAUUAAUCACGCAUUCAUUGAGAUUUCAGAUUUGGUUGAUGUGUUGACUUCAAUGCAACGCUCAGAGCCUAUGGACAAGUCCCAGCAAGUGACCCAAAUGGUACCGGUGCCCACCAGUGAACAUGUGGCACAGAUAGUGGGGAAGUGCGGCUCAAAAAUAAAGUUUUUGCGGACAGAGACGGGCACUUGUAUUAAGACCCCAUACAGAGGCGAUGAGCCCGUGUUUGUGGUGACCGGACAUCCCGACAACGUGCGGAUGGCUGUGGCGGCCAUCGAGAAGGCCUCCAAUCACUUCACGCGACUCAUGGAGAGCCGGUCCAACACCUGCGCCGUCGGCGAAGUGACUGUUUUGGUGGAAGUGCCGCAACAGUACGUGGGAGUGGUUGUCGGCCGCAACGGAUCCGUUAUCAUAAAAAUCAAAGAGCAGACCAACACUCGCAUCAAUACACCCAAAGGCGACGCCGCGAACCCUUCCUUUGAAGUCACCGGCACUCGAGUGAACGUUGAGGCGGCCAAGGAGGCCAUACUCGAUAAGGUCUAUCAGGCCUUUCAGUUGAGGAGUUCAUCAAAGUUUGACCCAAACCUCAAUCAAAGCAAAUUCCUGACCAAAAUCAUUCAAAUGGAGUCGCCUUCGAGUCAAUCGCUACCAUCUCUGCCAUCGCCGCCAUCACCCACUCAUUCAGUGGACAUUCACUCAUUCAAAUGGAUGUCUCCGAUGUCUACACUUCCUAUGACUCCAUCCAUGUUUGAGCCCAUCUUUAAUUAUGAUUAUGUAAAUGCAGACAAAAAUGAGAUGUUUUGUUAGUUUAUAUGUUAUACUUUGCAUCUACACAUUUUAUCUUAUAUUAUCACUCAAAUGAUUUUAAAUUUUACCCAAUUAUUAGUGACAAAUGAUUUUCACCCUUAAAUCG